CAAGCGUUAACUCUAAAUAGGAAACGCUGAGAUUGUCCUUGUCGACGCACCGUCGUGACGUCACAGCAGCAUGGCGCGCUGUCAGACCGCGCGUUCACUCAAAACAAACGGUUAGGACGCGUUUGAAUGCGAUGUGGACGUUUUUCAGCAUGAUAAUCGCAGGUUAGAGACGAUGGAGUUGAACGAAGGAUCCGCGCUCGGCGUCUUCACCUGCGAGCUUUGCGAAGUGUCCAGCCCGUACAGCUUCUACGGGCAGAAGCCGCCAAACACGAGAGCAAUAGUGCUCUUAGAGGAAUGCUACGGCAUGAAGGAUCCCUUCAGUCCAGAGAGAGAAAAGUUUCUUGUUUUAGGAUCCAAGUGCAGUCUGUGCAGUAAGACGGUGUGUGUGGGAACGGACUGCAGUCUGUUCUACACCAAGCGCUUUUGUUUGCCCUGCGUGCGGGAUCACCUUCAGCAGUUUCCAGAACAGGUUCAGAACGAGGUCCUGAGGAAGAAGAGUGUCCAGAAGACGUCGUCUUCAUGAUGUUAUUAUUUACUCGGGGACACUAGUCAAGAAUCCAGACACACAAUAUGCGAGUCUUGAACCUGUCGCCGAGCGCAAAGCUCUUGUGAACCUGAGCGCCAACACUACCGCUACACCACAGCUCCAGACCGGCCUACUUCCGCAUGCUUCCAACCCUAAGUUGAGGUGGAGCCCGAGUAAGCCAGCCUGCUUGCCAAAACCCCAGGUAAGUAGUGAAGUAUAAGUUCCAGCACAUGCAUUGUUGGAGAUCUGUAGCUCAGCGGUCUGAGCACUGGCAGACAAUGCCAGCGAUACCUGGUUCAAAUCCAGCCAGAUCUCUACAACUAACAAUCACAGGUGUGGCAUGAGCAGAGGAGAUGACCAGACCAUGGAUGGAGCAGUGGAGCCAGAGAGAAGAUGGAGGAGAGCAGCUGCCGAGACCAGACCGAUGAAGGAGCCGGAGUCCAGGAGGGUGUGACCAGAGACAAGGCAGAGGACCAGGCUGAUGGUGGAGGAGUGGUGUGGCUGAGGUGACAGAGGAAGGAUGGAACACCUGACCAGAUGGAGGGCACAUGGCCAGCAAGGUGGAGUGCACAGUGUGGCAAGACAUCAGCAAGGAGGAGAGCAAAGACAGCACCCAAAAAAAAGAAGAAGGGGGGACCAUGACCGUGGUCCCCCCCCCGGCCUCCAAGACAAUCACCAGCAGCAGUUAUGCAUCACCAAACCUCAAAAAUGCCAAUUUUUGACCCCUUCUAACUUAACCAAAACUUGUUUUGGAAAAUAUAAUUAUAUAAACUGAAGGCGACCAGGACCAUUUUGGGACACUACACAUGAAUCAAUGCACCACAUUUCUAAGAGCUUUAUGACCAAGAUCUCUCACACAUCUCUCCACCAAUUAAACAUCAGUGGCGAUAAGCUUACAAAUACUGAACAUUGAUGGCCUGCUUACAGAAACACAUACAAUGAUUGAUUACUGUUUUGUUUUUUUUGUCUUUGUUUCGUCAAGCUCGUAGUGGACAUCAUUCAGGUUCUCCACUAGAUGGCAGUAAAGCCGUGUUUACAACACUGCAGCGCGUCAUCCUUAAAAUAAUGAAUCCAACAGACAUAUACAUACAAACAUCAUUACACUAAAAAACAAAAACAAAUUCACAACACAAACACGACUUUUCAGUCAUCAACAAACUACAAUACACAAUUGUGACUGACUCAAUGCGCAGAACUGUUGACAUCAAUUCACUUAUCUAUAAUAAGUUUUGGUUAGAUUAGAUAAGUGCAUCGACCGCAUUUUCUAUUUCUGCUGUUAGUUCUACCGCUCGUCCACAAAAUUCGCUAUCCUUCUCAUACACGUGUGUGACUGUAAAUAGGCCCUGGAUUGUUACACAUCGGGCCUCUUCCACACAGCUCACACCGACAUGAUUCAGCUCAGACAGAGAGUGAUGCUCCUGAAAAGAAAGUCUGAAGGGGGUGCUGGAAAAUUUCAGCUACUUCUUAUUGCUAAUGCCAAAGUCUGCCACAGAUAAGCCGCCUGCCAGCUAUGAGCUCAGACUUGGCAGAGAGAUGACAAAUCACACCGAGGUUUAGCGAGUGACGCGGUGCCACUGAAGCGUUCCCGUCGUAUUCCGUCACACGAUAUUGUGCAUUACAACUUUACGACAUGAUCACGUGCGCAUUAUAACGUUUUGAUAUUAUCUUUGAUGACACAUUUAGUGUUUGUGAUUUAGACAAUUGGCAAACCACGAAUUUUAAUCUGCAGCCGUGUUGCCAGAUCGCAAUUUAAACAGCCAACGUUUCACACUUAGCGAAAGGUUUACACAAACAUUUGCAACCUUUCCAACUCCAAGACCCACGUUUUCCAUAAUCUUCCAUUUUCUGAUUUCUCUUACUACAUUUUCAAACUAUAUUUUAAUCUAAGGGCACUCCUACCUGCCAGUGACUAUGGAUUAUGGAUUAUAACACAUUUAUGCAUUUACACAUUCUUUCACUCAAUUAAAAACUAACACACUUAGCUCUUCACAUAAACUAAGCAUUUUCUUAAAUGUCUAACGCGUUUGAACAUUUUACUCAUUUCCAUUACUUUUGCCAGUUGACUAAACACUUUUAGUAUUAAUCCACCUUCUUAAAAAGAAACAUUUGUUAAAGGACUAAGUUCAAAUAAACAACUGGACUUUUUUUCUCUUCACACUUUAGGUUACUUAAUCUUAUUUUAACAAUUGUUUUGUCUCCUUUUAGAUCAUCUCAAGGGCCCCUAGCAGGUCCUGGACCCCAGGGAUCUCGAUGGCUACUGCAUCACAACAUUUAAAACAAAUUGCAUGUAAACCAGGCCCCCAAUAAUUGUAAUACUAAUAAUAUGUUCCUGCACAACCAAAGCUAAAGUUUCAGGGCCACAAUUCUAAAACACUAUUAUUUGGACAGUGCCAAUUCUUUUGCAACAGAUAAGACCUGAUUCAAACAGCAAAACGAAUGCAAAGACUACAACUACUUUUUUCUCUUUUUUUUUUUUAGCUUUCCAUCUUAUUUUUUAUGUCACUUGAGUGUGGCACUGUCAGCAAUCUCCAUUUAGCCUAUUUAGCUGGCCAAAACUGUUCGUUCUGCUGCUUGAUGUUGUAAACUGGUAUGUGUAUUUAAAUUAUUGGACAUAUUAAUAAACGCACUCAUUUGUAACACAAUUACUUUACCGUUUACUGCACUUCCUUAUGUGUCCCUGUUGCACGUUACAUGUACUUACUAUUAUAACAACGAUGCACGACUGCGUGAAAGUAACCCUAACCGUAUAGCAAGUUCACACAGUUAAUUAACAUUACAAAUGUAUAAUUACAGUGUAACGAGGACACCUUAAUAUGAAGUGAAACUGCUUCAAUACUUCGAGACACGGCUAAGGAGCUGGCCAGGACGAUAAUUAAGUGGAUAAAACUACAUAUUCCCCUAAAAAAAAAAACAAAAAGACAAAUGCGGUCCUGAAACUGCAGCCUCCUCGGGAGUCGUGCAGGAAUACGCUCCUCGGCUUAAAACGCGCGGUCGUGGCAACACGGACUGCGGGCGGGCCCCUAGCUCCGCCGGCCAAUCAGAAGCGUCUUCU